AGGGCCAAAAGGGAGCUGGAGAUAAAUGUUUCACUGUUCUUCUCUCCAUCACUUCGUCUUUGUCUGCAUCCACAACAUCAGCAAAGAAAGGGGGAAUUGAAUAGUCAAGAUGCCUGAGAAAGCACCAGAGAGGAAAUCUAAAAUCUCAGCCUCUCGCAAGCUCAUGCUGAAGAGCUUGAUGGUAGCCAAGGCCAAGGAGGAACUGGAGCAGGAGAUUGUAGAAAAAGACGAGCAAAAGGCAAAGUUUCUGGAGGAAAAAGCUCCUCCAAUACGGACCGGUGGCCUCUCCUUAGCAGAGCUACGGAUAUUAUGUGAGGAGCUGCAUGCCAGAAUAGAUGUGGUGGACGAGGAGCGCUAUGAUAUUGAAGCCAAGGUCUUGCAUAACACCAGAGAGAUCAAAGACCUGAACAUCAAGGUAUUGGACUUGCGAGGGAAGUUCAAGAGACCUAACCUGAGAAGGGUGAGGGUCUCUGCUGAUGCCAUCCUGCGCUCCCUACUGGGCUCUAAACACAAGGUCUCUUUGGAUCUGCGAGCUAACCUAAAAUCCGUCAAAAAGGAGGACACAGAAAAGGAGAAGACAGCGGAGGUGAGUGACUGGAGGAAGAAUGUGGAGGCCAUGUCAGGCAUGGAGGGCCGCAAGAAAAUGUUUGAUGCUGCAAAAGGCCAAAACCAGUAAAACAGCUGGCGAACAAACAGCUGGCGAACAAACAGCUGGCGAACAAACAGCUGGCGAACAAACAGCUGGCGAACAAACAGCUGGCGAACAAACAGCUGGCUAACAAACAGCUGGCUAACAAACAGCUGGCUAACAAACAGCUGGCUAACAAACAGCUGGCUUUCAUCUAAUCACCAUCACUUGCAUACCAAAGAUUUCUGAGCACAAAGCAUAAGGGAUGCUUGGUGACUUCACAUAUUCAAGUCGUUUAAAUACUCAGUAUCUUUCCUCAACACUGAAAUAAACACAGCAUCUCUAUUCU